AUGUUUGCAGUCGUGACAGAUAACGGAGGAAACAUCGUGAGAGCUACAAUUGAUACAUUUGGUGAGACUAAAUAUCUUAGCUGUUUGGCACAUAGCGUUAAUCUUGUCAUGCAGUCAGUGUUGAAUGCAAUCGAAGCCGUUAAGAAUUUAAUCGCCAAGAUUAAGAAGAUUGUAAUGUUCUUUGGUCAGUCAAAUACAGCGGUCUAUAAGCUUCGUGAAGCUCAGGCCAAGGAUGAGUACCAACUGUGCUUAAUCCAGGAUUGUCCUACACGAUGGAACUCAACUUUCGAUAUGAUCCAACGUUUCCUAGUCCUGCUUUAUGCUGUCACUUGUACACUCCUCAGUCUGGAUGGAUCACCGCAGAUGAUAUUUCCAGCUGAGGUGAACUUAUUAAAAGAACUAGUGAUUCUUUUAAAACCAGCCAAAGAGGUCACCCUAAGUAUUAGUGGAGAGAAGUAUGCUACUGGGAACAAAGUAUUAAUGCUCAUCGACUGGUUUCGUACUGAAGUGAAGAAGCUGCAGCCAAUUUCCGACGUAGGAAAGGUGGUUAAAACUUCGCUUAUGUCGGAGAUUAAGAAGAGGCUUGGAUGCUAUGAGACAAUAAGAUUCCAAUCGUUAAUCGGAGUUGCAGCUUUAUUUGAUCCCCGUUUCAAGCGUUCGUACUUUCCAAACGAUUUGUAUGACGCACAAGUAUUAAAUCUAGUCAGUGGUCACAUACACGAUUUGAAGCAACCCAAUUCACAGAAGAGAAAGACUGAAAAUCUUCAAGCAGAUUGUUCUAACUCGACAUCGAUCUCAAACAAUAUAUAG